AUGGUGCGCGAGAAGUACAGAUACAUCGUGUUUCGGAUAAAGGGCGGAAAGGCAAUUAGCGCCGCAGAUCUGGAAAAGGCCAUCCAGGACAGUGCAAGCUCGAACUUAAGCGACUGGGACUAUGCAAUGACGGCUCCCAAGAUGAAAGUGGUCGAGUACUACCCCGUGCUGGAGAUAGGGAUCGUGAAGGUGCUUCUUUCGGGCGUCUCCCACAUGCACGAAAUGCUGAAAAGCCCUUUGAGCAUUCGGGACGUGCAGUUUUCUGCUACGGCCGAGAAAACGUCGGGAAUAAUAAAAAAGGCCAAGAAGUGGAUACUGAAGAAGAAUAGCCUGCCAAAAAGAAGAAAGCUGUUUUAG